AUGUCAUAUGAGAAGCAACUGGACCACAAGACAGACAGCAGUUCAGUCGAGAAGGGGGGCUCCGGUGAACUAGCCAUCCAAACCGACCCUCGCUACCAUUUCGAUGCUAUCGAUCUUGACCGCGUCCAGCGACGACUGAAACAGCGCCAUGUACAGAUGAUUGCUAUUGCUGGGACACUGGGGACGGGUCUUUUCCUCGGUUCUGGUCAUGCGCUAGCAGAGGGUGGUCCUGCCGGUGCUUUGAUAGGAUAUGCCCUUGUCGGGUCGGUGGGCUACGCGACAUUGUGCAGUCUGGGAGAGAUGACCUCAUUUGCUCCGAUUUCCGGCACCUUCCCACACUACGCCGCUCGGUGGGCGGACCCUGCCCUCGGUUUCGCGUUAGGAUGGAACUAUUUUUAUUCGUGUGCAAUCUCCACACCGACUGAGAUUACCGCGGCAUGUAUUCUGCUCACGUUCUGGGACUCUAAUCAACACCAUCAAGCAGCGUACACUGCUGUAGUCACUGUUUGUGUCUGUGCCAUCAAUAUUUUCGGCGUGCGAUGGUUUGGUGAAGCGGAAUUCUUCUUCUCGAUAAUCAAAAUCGCAUUGAUCACAAUGUUGAUCAUCUCGGGAUUGGUCAUUGAUUUGGGAGGCGGACCCAACCACGAUCGUAUCGGUUUCCGCUACUGGAAGGACCCCGGUGCAUUUGCACCAUCUGAUCUUGUGCCAAACCGCCUCCCGCUCGACAAGUUUCUCGGCUUCCUUUCUGUCAUCGUUCAGGCUGCCUUCUCGUUCCAGGGAAUGGAGUUAGUAGCAAUCGCUGCCUCCGAGACUGAGAGUCCUCGCAGAAACAUUGCCAAGGCUGUCCGCAGGGUGUUCUGGCGCAUUCUCAUCUUCUACAUCCUCGGAAUACUGAUUACUGGCAUGCUUGUGCCGUAUAAUGACCCAAAUUUGCUCUCCGACACUGGUACCGCGGCAGAGUCUCCCUAUGUCAUCGCUAUUCAGCGUGCCGGCAUUUCUGCAUUGCCCUCUGUCAUCAACGCUCUCAUUUUCACUUCCGCCUUCUCCGCGGGCAACUCGUUCCUGUUCUCCUCCUCCCGUAUUCUCUACGGAUUGGCUCUCCGCGGGCAGGCACCAAGAUUCCUUACUCACUGCACGAAGAAAGGCCUCCCGAUCGUGUCUGUUCUUGUUUGUUCAUGCUUCGCGUUCCUGUCCUUCAUGAGUGUUUCUUCGGGAGCGAAUACUGUUUUCCUAUGGUUGCAGAACCUCUCAACGACCAGCGGUUUCUUUAGUUGGGGUGCAAUGUGCGUUACAUACCUGCGUUUCUACAAAGGCUUGAAAGUGCAAGGAAUCGACCGAAAGCAGCUCACCUACUGGAACCGCCUUCAGCCAUAUCUUGCAAUCUGGUCGAUCUUCUGGCUCACGAUUUUCAUUCUGAUCACUGGCUAUGCAGUGUUCUGGUCCUUCAACGCUUCCGACUUUCUGACAGACUAUAUUAGCCUUCCGCUUUUCCUCGGCGCGUAUGUCUUCUGGAAGGUCGUCAAGCGUACGAAGUAUUGGAGGCCAGAAGAGAUGGACUUCGUCACGGGCAUUCCAACCUUGGAGGAGACGGAAAUCCCGGAAGUUCCGCCGAAGAAUAUCUGGGAGAAGAUCGCAAACAUCCUGUUCUAG